AGGACAAAAAUAAAUGAAAUAAACGAAAUAAAAGUAGAUUUUGGGGGGCGGGGCAAACAAAAAGACCGAGUGGUUGCCUAGCAACUGAUGUACAUUGAAGACUCAUGGCUAAGUUUGUGCUAGCAGGGAGGGCAGACUGCCCACACUAUGCUAAGACUGAACUGCUGGCAGACCUGCUGCAGAAGAUCCUGCCAGAUUUCCACAUUCACAAGAUCUGUGUUCACCCCAGUGACUGGCAGGACUGGCUCGAAGGAACGUGUUCAUCAAAUGGGUGGAAGCAUGAGAGCAGUCCCAUAGUGUGGAGAGAGCUGAUUGACCGAGGGGGCAAGGGGAUGCUUCUUGGGGGGUUCAGUGAUUUUUUGGAACAUGUACAGGGCUACUAUGGUAUCACCUCCGAUAUGGGAUCUGAGCAAAUGAUGAAGAUUGCAGCAGAGAAUCUGCAGGUGACUGAGGUGCUCAUGGAGGAGGCGGCUCGCCAAAAUCAGUCACUUCAAGUGUUUCACAUCUGGAUCACCGGUGCUCUAAGCCCCACUUGCUACAGUCUCAUCCCAAAGCUCUUCACCACUGAACUGAUCAGGGACAUCUCCACCAUCAGCCUCCAUCUUUUGGACGUGAAUAGUAGUGAAGAAUCUCUACUGGGUCUUAAAAUGGAGACUGAGGACUUGGCCCUGUCUCAGCUCCACGAGGUCACUGUUCACUCUGACAUGACCUGGGCCUUCCAGUCAGCUGACCUCAUCCUCUUUCUAGAUGACUGGCCAUCAAAUUCUGAGACACCAGUAGAGCAGGGUGACAAGGACCACAUGGUGAGCCAGGUGGCAGAGCGGUUUCGAUCCUACGGCCGCCUUGUUGAGGCCAAUGCGCAGAAGGACGUCAGGGUGAUGGUGGCGGGAGACUCGUACGUCAACCUGAAGUGUUCUCUGCUGAUUGAGAACGCACCCUCAGUCGACCCCUGUCGCUUUGUGGCAAUGGCAACACAGCUGGAGUACGAGGCGAGGGCUCAACUGGCAGAGAAGCUGUCAGUGAAGACCACAGACAUCACUGACAUUAUCGUUUGGGGCAAUAUCAGUGGCAGUUCCCAUGUUGACCUACAGAGGGCGAAGGUUUUCAGAUAUAAGGGGUCCAUCUGGGGGCCCACAGGCUUUUCUCAGCAAGUAUUGGAGAUGAUUUAUGAUAAAAAAUGGCUGGAGACUGACUUUCUGAGCUUAGUUGCCUUGAGAAGACGUGCUAUUUCCCUCAAGACAAACAGGACUGCAGCAAAUUCGGCAACCAAUGGAAUCCUUGCAGUUCUUAAUGCUUGGAGCAACUGUUACUCUUCUAGGGAAGUCUUCUCACUGGGUGUAGUCAGUUCAGGUAGGGCUGGAAAUUACAGGGCAUCUCACGAUACAAUAUUAUCACACCCACGAGUCGACCCUUAACCCUCGACCACUCCCUAUUUAAACGCUUUGUUUCACAAGGUCAGUUGACUGUCUGUGUCUGGAAACAGAAAUGUCGAAUAUUUCAAAUUUAAAGAGAACACAUACCAAGAGUGGGGUUCAAACCUAGAGGGCAUGCGCCCAUUGGAUCUUAAGUCUAACACCUUAACCACUCGGCCAUCCUGGUCUGACGGUAAACAGUACCUACCAUGAUGGAUCCACUCUAGUCAUUUGCUUUUGUCAGAAUAUUUGAAUACUUUGAAUAGAGAGUUAACACCUUAGCCCCUCCCUUGUUAAGCACUUCUUUACCAUAUUACAAUAUUGUCAAAUCUGAUCUGUUAAAAUGACUGUCCGAAAUGUUUUUUGCAAAUUAUCAUAUUGGAUUUGCAUGACUAGACAUAACUAAUGUAUCUGCAUGGGUUGCUGUAGUAGUAAGGUUGGCAACAGUAAGUCAUCUCUCAUUAAACCCCUCAGAACAUUCCAUAUUUUAAUUAUCAGUAGCUUUCACAAUUAAAGAGAGCAUUACCAGGAGUGGGGUUUGAACCCACGAGGGCAUGCGCCCAUUGGAUCUUAAGUCCAACGCCUUAAUCACUCGGCCAUCCUGGUGUGUUUUAAAAUGGUACUUGGUACCCCCAAUGGAUUCACUCUAAUCAUUUGCUUUUGUCAGAACAGUUAACACCUAAGACAGACAGUUAACACCUAAGUCCCUCCCUUUUUUGCAUGUCUGGACAUCACAAACGUAUCUGCAUGGAUUGCUGUAAUAGUAAAGUCACUAACCUUUCGCGAAACCCCACAGAACAUAGAUUUUAAAUACCAGUACUCUUCCCAUUUAGUACUGUAGCACCACAAGGGCAUGCGCCCACUGGAUCUUAAGUCCAACUUUUGCAAACUAUCAUGUUGGAUUUGCAUGUGUGGACAUCACAAACGUAUCUGUUUGAGUUACUGUAGUAGUAAGGUUGGCAAUCUUUGGCAGACUCCUCAGGACAUAGAUCAAAUUACCAUAUUUUAAAGACCAGUGGUUUUCACAUAUAAAGAGAGCAUUACCAGGAGUGGGGUUUGAACCCACGAGGGCAUGCACCCAUUGGAUCUUAAGUCCAACGCCUUAACCACUCGGCCAUCCUGGUCUGACAUUAAAUACUACCUUACCAUGAUGAAUCCAGUCUAGUGAUUUGCUUUUGUCAGAAUUAAUACAUGUGGAGCACAGUUCAUAGCAUAGCUCUUCCAUUUACCAUGUUACAAUUUAAAGACAGCAUAUUCCAGAAUCAGAGUUCGAACCUAUGAGGGCAUGCACACAUUCGAUUUUAAGUCCAACACUCGAUUUUAAGUCCAACACUCUUAAGUCCAAAUCACUCUUCCUUCUACAUCUAAAUAAAGAAAACUGUAUGUACAGUGAUUUGCUGUUGUCAAAACAUUGGAAUACUUUAUUGGACAGUUAACACUUAAAUUAACACCUCCUUUUUUUUUUUUUUUUUUUUACAAUUCUUCACAGUUUUAAGUCAAAGUUAAAAGCUUUCUGUCUGUUAUCUUAGGCUAUGUUUUGAUGUCUAGACAUCACAAACAUAUCUGCAUGGGUUGGUGUAGUAGUAAGGUUUGGAACAGUAAUCACAUAAACCUUUCACAUAACCCCAAAGAACAAAGUUAAUAUAUAUUUUAAAUACCAGGAGUGGGGUUCGAACCCACGAGGGCAUGCGCCCAUUGGAUCUUAAGUCCAACGCCUUAACCACUCGGCCAUCCUGGUGUGAUGUGAAAUGGUACUUGGUACCCCCAACUCUAAUCAGUUUGUCAGAACAUAUUCAGUUGGCUUUUGGAAAACAGAACUUUUUAAUACAUUUAAGUACCAUAUUUUAAAGCCCAAGAGUAGUUUUCACAUUUGAAGGAAGAAAAUAUGGCCUGUGCCCAAAUCUGACUGAAAACUGUCUGUACAGUGAUGAAUCCCUUCUAAAUGAAUUUGCUGUUGUCAGUACAUUUAAAUACAUUAUUGGACAGUUAAGCUUGGCAACAGUACCUAACCUUGGGUAAAACCCUCAGUUCAUAGUUAAAGUACCAUAUUUUAAAGACCAGUAGUUUUCCACAUUUAAAGAGAGUAUUACCAGGAGUGGGGCAUGCGCCCAUUGGAUCUUAAGUCCAACGCCUUAACCACUCGGCCAUCCAGGUGUGAUGUAGAAGAGUACUUGGUACUUCCGAUGCAUCCACACUAAUCAUUUGCCUUUGUCAGAAUGUUUAAAUACUUUAAAUGGACAGUUAACACCUUAACCCCUCCUUUUUAAGCACUUAAAGUCUAAUUAGUUUCUCAGAUCUGCUGAUUUAAACGUUAGCUUACCAGUUCUGGAGAAAAGUAGCAGCUCUGGGUCAGUCUUUUUGUCUUUUUGAGCUCUAAGUCUCCAACUUUCAACUCACUGCCAAUAUUCACUCUUGUUAAAUUCUUUCUUUAGUCACUGAGCUUUUUUCUGAGGCUUUUUUUAGGCUGUGUAGCAGCUGAGGUGUAAGUGAGCCAGCCCUGCUAGCUAGCUCCUUUCCUGUGCCACCGAUCGUUCUCUGUAGUGUAUGUCCUGACAACCUUGGGGGUGGGGUAAGUGUUGAGGAGGAGACAGAGGACAAAACAAAUAAUAUCUGAUGACACGUCCUGAUCAUUUUUUCAUUUACUACUGAAAAUAAGUUACAUAGUGGUCCUUUAAAUCCAGAGUGACAUAGGUUCAUGAGGCCAAAAAGUGCUGGUAUAUUUCCUCUUUAAAUAAAAAAAAAACAAAAGAAACAUUAGUUUCAAAUCAGAUCAGCAAAUUUGAGUGUCCAGACCUCACAAACAUAUCUGAAUUAGUUGCUCUUGUGAGUAACAGAGUCAGCAUCAGUAACUAUACGUUGUCGCUCUUUUUGGACCUGUGCACUUUAGUCAAUCUGGAUUUGAUGGGGUAAUUUUUUGUUUUCUUUAAACUAUCUGGAUCAAAAUUAAAUUUGGAUACAGUGUAGUAUCAACAUAAUCAAUGCCAAUUGGCCCACUUAUACAACUAACCCUCAACCAAAUUAU